AUGUCGAUGGAAGGCAGCCGGAAGGCCCUGCAAUCCACAUUGGGUGCCUUGUCCGCCCUGGCUGUUGCAGCCCUGGGGGGAGUGGCCAGAUGGCUGCCGACCAAUCUGAAGGUGAUUCUAGGCGUGAAUGUGGGGCUCUCGAUCCUGGGCUACAUCGCCAUGGCCUCCAUCUCCAGAACGCUGGGUGACACCUUCAUCAAGGCGAAUUUGCGUGGGAUCGAUCUCAACAAGCAGACAACGAAGCGUGAUGCCGAUGGCAAUUUGGUGAGACCCAUCGAAGGCAUUCCUAUUCCAGAAUCUCAGGGAACGAUAGCGGCAGCCGUGUACAUCCUCUUGCUGUCUGUCUUCAUUCCCUUCGCUUUCGCAAGAGAGAAUCUAGAGCUGUUUCCCCACAAUGAAAUGGCGGAGUACUUGGCCGCGGUACUCACCAUCACCUUUGCCUCGUUCAUGGGCUUUGCUGAUGACGUCUUGGAUCUCCGAUGGAGAUACAAAAUCCCAUUACCUUUUCUGGCCACGCUUCCCUUGCUGCUAGUCUACUAUGCCAACGGAAACGAGACUGGCGUUAUGGUUCCAAACCAACUGCGCUGGUUGUUUGGUGAUGCAAUUGAUUUAGGUGUGUUCUUUUAUGCUUUCCUUUUGAUCCUUGCAGUCUUCUCCACUCAUGCCAUCAAUAUUUAUGCUGGCGUGAAUGGGUUGGAGGUAGGUCAAGCGGUUGUUAUUGCCGGAUCUGUUCUGCUCUUGAACAUUAUCCAGCUGCACCGCAUCCCGGACCAGUACAAGAACUAUAGGGACAGUCAUGUGCAAUCAAUCUUUCUCAUCGUGCCUUUUCUGGCUGUAAGCAUGUCGCUGCUGCGACUCAACUGGUUCCCUGCUACGGUCUUCGUCGGCGAUACAUACUGCUACUUCGCAGGCAUGACCUUGGCCGUUGUGAGCAUCAUCGGACAUAUCAGCAAAACGAUGGUUCUCCUACUGAUUCCGCAGGUGCUGAACUUCUUAUACUCCUGCCCACAGCUGUUCUCCUUCAUGGGUAUCCCAUGUCCUCGGCACCGAAUGCCGGCCUACAAUGCCUCCAACGGGACAGUUUGCAACAGUUACGCCGAGUUCAAACCCACCGAGCUGAAGCCGCUAGGGCUCUUGGUCUUCACCGUGCUGAAGUCUCUGAGGCUGGUGCACCUGAAACCUGGCAAAGAGGAGGGCUCCGUGAUGAUGAGCAACCUCACUCUUAUCAACUUCGUUCUCUAUGUCAUGGGACCCUGCCGCGAAGACGUCUUAUGCCUCCGUCUGCUGAUGCUGCAGUUGGGAAGCACCUUCUUGUGCUUCUCCCUCCGGUUUGGCCUGGCAUCCUAUAUCUUUGAUGUCGUCCUCUGA